AUGUCAUCCGCACUUAUGCAAGUGAACGUGUUCAAGCCCGAGAGUCUCGGAACGAUCGAGAUUUUCGGCACCUCGCUCUCGACGCAGACGCAGGCUCUGCUGAUUGCGCUCCAAGAGUGUAACGUCAAGUAUAUUCACCAUCCGAGCAUGCCGAACUCGCCUGAGAUCGCGAACUUUUCUCCUUUUGGCAAGAUUCCUGUUCUCGUGCACCGCCCGAAUGGCAUUUACUCGACCCGCGACGCUGUCGUGCUGUUCGAAAUGACGGCCAUCUGCCAGUACCUGACGGAGCUCGUUGGUUUUAUGGAAUGUAGCGGCAGAUUCUGUCUUAUGCCAAAGAUUCAGGACGAGCACAGUCGGGAGUUUGCUGACAGUGUUGUGCUGCGAUCAAAUGUUCUGCAACUGAACACCAUUGUUAGCUCGUACAUUCAGACGGUCGUCGAAGACCGCUAUGUGAAGCCGUUUUUUGCUCUGCGCAACAAUGGAGCGUCCGACGCUGACAUUCAUGCUGCUCUAACGGAGAAUUUUGACAACGCUAUGAAUGCUCUUAUUCAGCUUGAGCAGAUCAUCACCAAGGUGCAGGAGCGCCUGCACAUCCUGCCAGAAACGUCGUUCAUUCUUGGCAAGGAGCCCACAUGGGUCGCUGUGUUUUUGUUCCCUAUUCUGCGGGACUUCCGCGCUACAAACCCUAGGAUGGUGCUUGCGGGUGGCUCACAGGAGCGUCUGCCUCUUCUCACAAACUUUGUGCAGGCCUUUGAGAACCGCGCCAGCGCUGUGAACACCCUCCGUGGCUCCUUCGCCGGCUCUGUCUAA